AUGUAUUUUUUUAGCAUAAAAACAAUUUAUUAUUAUUAUUUUUAUUAUUAUUGUUAUUUAUUAUUUAUUGUUGUUGUUGUUGUUGUUGUUGUUGUUGUUGUUGUUAUAAUCUAUAUUUUAAAAAAGAAAAAAAAAAUCCUACAUAUUAUUUUCACCACUACCACACAUAUACAUAUUAUUACAAUAGUUGUAAAUAUUUUACUGUUAGUUCCAUAUUUUUGGUAA